CGUGCAUACGAACAACAGACUCGCGCAGAGCGACCGAUUUGAGCGGCAACAGGGGCGCCUACGCGUUGGCGCGAAAGGCUCGGUGGCCCUUGCCGCGUCGACGUCUGCACCGCAUGCAAAGACUUAGCUUCAGGCGUCGUUAUUACCCGCCCUCGUGUGCUCCAACAACAUCUUGCUCGACGGUUGCCCUGCUGACCCGCGACGGCAUGAGGCAUGAGGACCGGCGAGCGAGCCUGCUCUCCGCCGGCGGGCCGCUUCCCCAAGCUGCCGCGUGUCAUUUCGGUAUUCGCUUACAACUUCACAACCAUAGGGACGCCCAGCCGCCACCGCUACACCAGCAAGCUCUCAGUCUGCGUCGCGUGAGCGGCAUUCGCUGCUCGACCAAGAGCCUGCGUAAUAGCCCCUUAGCGCUGGGACCGUUGCUUUGGUCGUCACGUUUCGGAGCUUACUUGGGGCCCGGAGCUGCGCCUGCUGCCCUCUUGGCCGCCUCGAUUACCGCGGGCCCACCGACGCCAAGCCCACGCUCGCCCAGCGCCGCAGCCCCGCGCUCGCUUGCGGCUCACGGCAUAUCUGCGACUCUCCUCUCGUCUAGGGGCGCCGCCGUCGCGUGGUUUGCAGGCGGUCACCGUCGGCGCGCAAUCGUCAAGUUCGCGAGCUCAGAGGCGCGGCCACGUCCGUCGCACUUGCCGCUGAGCGCACAGCGCCCGCGCCCGCGCCUGUCUUCUAAGCAUUAGAGGCCAUGGAAGUUGACGCGGCCAAACCGGAGGCGCAACAGCCGCCUCCGGCCGCAACCUCGCCAGCUAGCCAGGAAGCUGCGGCAGCGAGCGAACAGCCUCGCACCGCCGGCAAGGCCGCGGCGGACAACGCCGCCCCCGCCACCGAUGCAGCUUCAAAUCCUGAACGCAAUGAGUUGCAGCCCGGCGCUGCCUCGCCCGCCGCGGAGCCCCCCGCGGCCGACCCCGCGCAGGCGGACGCCGCUGGCGCUGGCGGCCCCAGCCCCAGCCCCAGCCCCACGCCGGGCUCCGGCGACGCCGCCGCCGGCGGCGCAGCCGCCGCCCGCCGCGGCAGCGGCACCGCGGGCGAGGAACUGCCACUGUCGCUGCAACGCAAGCAGCGGCAUCGGCGGCCGCCGGCGGGUUGGGAGAUCGACGCGGAGGCUCUCAUGCCGACCAAGCGACCCAAGUCCGCACACGCACACCGGGAGUCAGAUGCGGAGCAAGCAGCUAAACGCGCUAAGACGGAGGUGACGGCCGCGGGCGAGGUGGGCAUUGUCGCCAACAGCGGCAGCGCCGCCGUCAGCAACGGCGCCGGCGCCACUUCCGCCGGGGGCGGCGCCGCCACCGCCGCCACCGCUAACGGCGGCUCCGGCACGCCGGCGCCGUCCACAGGCGGCACGCCCAGCGCCUACACUCCCGGCGGCACCGGCACAGGCACAGGCACGGGCCUGUCCUCCGGCGGCAUUCCUUACGGCACGCUGUUCUUCCGGGCGCAGGGCCGCAGCGCUAACUUGAUGAUUGCCUUUGACGGCGGCUUCUCGCGGCCGUUGCUGUACCGCGAGAACGGCUCGGGUGUGGAGCCCACGCCGCUGGGGGAGCCGGAGGCGGGCGAGGAGGGGCCGCCGCAGGAGCUGCAAUGCCUGGGCUUCGCCAAGCUGGACACGUCGGUGCCCGGCGGCGGCGCGGCGGCGAUGCGGCUGGCGACGCUGUCGGAGGUGGUGACGCACUUCCGGUCGGUGCUGGAUCCCUCGUCGGCCGCCUACGGCCGUGUGGCCGGACCCACUGUGUACGUCAUCAUCACGUGUGACAAGUCGCGAGGCUGGAUGACGUACGAGAUCGACGCCAACGGCGCGGUGUGCCCCAAGGUGGUAUACGAGGUGGGCGAGGGCGGCGCGCUGAGUUCCACCACGCCCGCACAGUUCGAGGCGCAGGUGGCGCAGAGCAGCGCCAAGAAGUGGCGCCACAGCUUCAAGGCGGCCGCCGGCUUCUUGAAGAUGGGCCCGCGCCAGGGCGGCGUGAUGCCGCCCGCUACCGUGUUGGAUGUGCUCAACACCGUAAAGGACCUGCUCGGCGUGUCUGCGGUCGUGGCGCUGCCGGCGGACAAGCCGCUCACGCAGCAGCAGCGCCGGGCGCAGCAGCAGGCCGCGGCGGGCGGCGGGGCAGGCGGGGGAGGCGCGAGCAGGGGCGGCACGCCGGGCGUAAGCGGUGUGGAGGCGGCAGCGGCGGUGGCGGCGGCGGAGCCGAAGGCGGCGCCAGCCAAGCCCGAGAAGCGGGUGCGGGACCGGGAAAAGGAGCGUGAGCGGGCGGCGGAGCGGGCAGCGGAGCGAGCGGCAGCGGCGGAGCGGGCGGCAGCGGAGCGGGCUGCGGCGGCGGCGCUGGUGGCAGUGUCUGCGGGAGAGGCAGAGGGUGCGAUGGGUGUGGCGCUGGGAUUGGCAGGGGCUGCGAACGGCAACGGGGUCGCGGGCGCGGUAGCUAGCGGGCGGAACGGGGCCGCGGCGGGGGGCGGAGGCGGCCUGAUGCUUCGCCUGCCCCUGCGGGCAGCGCAGGCUGCGGCUGCGCACCGCGCGGCCGCAGCAAAUGUGCGCGGUGCCGCCGCCGCCGCCGCGCCGUCGGCGGUGCCUACGGCGCCGGCCUCUGCCUCCGCCACCGGCGGGCCCAAGUCGACCGCCUCGCCAGCUGUACCAGCCGCCGGCGCCGCCGGGGCUGGCGGCGGCGGCGGGCCACCGCCGCCGCGGCGGUUGAUCACGGACGCUCAGCUGGACUCGGCGGCGCAGAUCGCGUCCAGCCUGGUCGCGGAGCUGGCAACGUCGAUCGUGCCUGACGUGGGCGUGUUGGGGCUGAGCGGGCCGGGCCUGACGGCCGCGGAGGCCCAGGCGAUUCAGCUGGUGUGCACCAGCGUCAAAGGGCCGGAGCUGGCGACGGCGGUCAAGGGCAUCAUGGACAGCCUGGCGGCGCGGCAGCUGCCGCCGACGGCUGCGGCGGCGCCGGCCGCGGCAGCGGUGGCGCUCAUGUCGCUGCCGGCGGGCGCGGUGUCGGCGGCGCCGUCGGGCGCGCCACUGAGCGCGUUUGGGCCGGGGCACGGCCAGGCGCUGGCGGCGGCGCUGGCGCCGUUCCUCAAGUCGCCGGAUGAGGCGGGAGCGGCUGCGGCUGCGGUGGCGGCGAGCUUGGGGAGCAAGCUCGAGCAGCAGCAGAAGCAGCAGCAGCAGCAGGAAGGGGCGGCGGCGGGUGCAGGGGCUGGUGCGGGUGCUGAGGCGGGCAAGGCGGCGACGGCGGGCGCGGGUAGCGCGGCAGCAGCAGGAGCUGGGGGGUCCAGCGACAAGACGCCAGAAGUGCAGGCGGGCGCGGCCGUGGCAGGGAUAGCGUCGCCGGCUGCUGAUGUGGUUAUGGCGAAUGCGUGACGUGUUGCCCCCCGGACGGAUGAUAUAACGGACAUGCCGCCACCGCCACCGCCCAAGUGCAAGAGCGAUGGCGGCGGCGGCAGCGGCGCCGCCGGCCAGACUGACAGCACGACCGCUAAGAAUGACGGGGCCAGCAGCAGCACGGCCGGCGCGGCUGCUACUGCCACUGCUACUGCUACUGCCUCUGUCAGCCCGCCAGCUACUGCCAACAGCAGCGGCAGCAGGGGUGACGGCGCCAAGUCCAGCCCGCGAGUGACGGGGUGGCUGCGCUCGCGGCCGCUGGCAGGGCGGUAGCACGGUCCUGCCGGCAACUCGACAGGGCGGCAGUAGCAGGCACGGGUUCAAUACAGCAUGUGUUCUUAAGGGUCCUGCAUAAAGGCAACACGCUGCGUGUCGUUAUCCGGCAUUACGCUGCUGUCUGUGCCAGUGCUUUCCCAACACAGCUGUCGGCAUCCCUGUGUGGCGUGCUGUGUGGGUGUCAAGCCGUAGGCCAAAGUCCGGGGGGUUGACGCGUAUGGCCCAGGUCAGGUUGGAGACUUGGAGGGCCGGCGGGGGCAAGACUGCCAAGCGUGCGCACGGCACGUGCAGGGAGACAGCUGGUGGCGCGGGUGGGAGGAGUGAUCCGCAGGUAAAUGGGUGGGUGUAAGUCAGCAAAGCCGCUCGCAGGCGAGUGAUGGCAAGCUGGCGCUUACGAUAGUUUGUAGACAUUUAUGAAGCAGAUACUGAGGCACUAGAACGGCAUGGUAUAACAAUGGACUUCGAGCGCACGGCCAGUGCUGGGGCGUGUGUGUGGACAGGCUUGUGCCUGUGUGACUUCUUCCUAGGCUAGCUGUGCAUAGCCGUUUCCAUGUUUUGUGUUAGGCAGUUACAGGUUCAUCCGCACGGUUGGUGCGAUGUUGGUGUGGUGUGUGAAACAUGCUGUGUAUUGGGUGCUGCGCCAGCGUGUGCGGUUGUGCCGGUGGCUUGUCACUUUGCUUAGCCUGUUGGUGUCCGUGUACACGUUUCCUGCACUGUGAUGCGGGGUUAUGGUUUGAAUGGCUCUGCGGCGGGAGUCUUGGCGGCUGCUGGCUUGGUGAUGGACCGGUGCCAGGGUGGUAUUCAUGGGCAGCUUGGCACACAGCGUCAGGGCGGCUCGGUGCUUGCUAGCGGCGCCACUCGAUCAUUCGGGGUGUGGUGGCGAAUAUAAGUGCUGAUGUGCAGCCACUUGUCUCGUGCAACUGCACGAGUCGACAGGUGGUAUGGCAUUUAGCUGCCGCCUGCCAGGUGCGUGUGUGGAUGCGUGGGCCGGCGUGAUUCAUCAGGACGUGUGCACGUGUCCGGGAACGCGGGAAACGAGUUUACCUGUGGCCUGUGAAUAACGUUUGUGGGUCACGUGCUAGGGCCAGGAGAGCUGGCGCAGCGACUGUGUUGGGCCGUGUAGCAGGUCCGUAUUCGGAGAUUUGGGACUGGUGCCAACGCGUCCGACUGAGCGCGGUCGGGGGGUGAACGUGUUACAUGUGCCCACGCGUGCACGCUCUCCAAGCUUGGCCAAGCUUACCAAGGAUUGUCCAAAGCAGAACAACAGUA